UUAUGUAUGUGUGCGUGAGCGCACCACCCCGCAUCAUUUACUACAUGUAAUAAACCAGUGUGUCUAUAGCCAUCGGUUGUUUCACUCGCGCCCUUCCCGAAUAUAACAUUGGCGGCGAUCUACCUACUCACACGCGAAAAUAAAAAUGUCCAGUGCGCAUUUCGGAAUUUUGCCUACGUUUGAUCACCAUUCGCAGACCUGGAAAACGUUUAAAUCACGUUUAUUACAAUGGUUUGUGGCAAAUAAAAUAAAUGCGACGUCGGACGCGGGAGGCGAACAAAGGCGAGCGAUAUUACUUAGCACACUCAUUGACGGUACUUACAAACUCGCAGCGGAUUUAGCGUUGCCCAAGAAGAUAGAAGAAGUACCAUACGAAGAUGUAUUAAAGUUGCUGGAAGACCACUUUGUCCCAAGGGUGUUUGGUUUUAGUGAACGGUACAAAUUUUAUUCGGCUGUUCAACAAAACGGGGAGACGCAUACCCAAUGGGCGGCAAGGCUACGUGGUUUGUCAGCGGAUUGCGACUUCACAAACGUGGAGGAAGUUCUUCGCGACAGAUUUAUGAUGGGCAUGCUGCCGGGACGGGAGCGGGACAAGGUUUUCACGCAGGACCUCAAGGAGCUGACGCUUACCAAGGCGGUGGAGUUGGCUAACGCGGUGCGCUGCGCGCGGGAGGUGUCAGCGGGUGCAGGGCAAGCGGCCUCGACGAACGACCAGCUGUUCAAGAUCACCAGCGAGACCAAGGAUACAGCCCGUGAAAAAUGUGCAGUGUGCGGUUAUUCAAACCAUAAGACGGCCGAAUGUCGUUUUUCUAAUUAUCGAUGCAAGAAAUGCCGCGGUAAAGGCCAUUUAAAAAGAAUGUGCAAAACAGUAAAGUGCAUUAUGGCGAAUGACGUGAGCGAGGGAGACGAUGUGUUUACAGAGUAAAGCGUAUAGUGGUAAAAAUAAACAAGAAUUUAAGAUAGGCGAUAAGGUUUUAUAUAAAAAGAACUUUAAUAAUAACAAGUUUACAUGGUGUAAGGGUGUUAUUAUGGAAAAGUUGGGAAAAGUUGUAUAUU